GGGCUCGGACACCCCCGGGAGAGCGGACCUGGCCCGCCGCAGCCACUGGGUCUCUGGAGUUCGCCGUUCGAGUGCUCGGAAGCCGGGGCCGGCCGGGGCCCCGCGCUGCCUGUCAAUCAUGCCCGGCCGGCUGGUCGCGGGGCCGCUUGGCGUGGGGGCCGCGGUGGGCCCCGGGCUUUCCGGAGCGUCCCCGGACCCGGGUGGGGAACGUCUCUGAUUUGGCUUGGUGCGGAGCCAGCGGCCCUGCUCUUCAUCGCUGGUGACGCGCUGUCGAAAGUGUCGCCCCCCACUAGGACCUGGGCGGACGCGGGUGCGAGUUCACCCGCGGGAUCCUCAGCGGUUGCCCCCCGUGGAGAAUCCCUGGGAGCACUGGGGAAGGGAGCUCUCGCCUGCAUGCGGGAGAUCGGGGUUCAGGCUGGGAAGGACCCCAGGCUGAGCUCAGAGUAGCCCCACCACCCCAGCAGUGCCAGAUGUGCGUCCCCAGCCAAAUAUCCUUAACGGGACCAAGAUGUGGCUCCCGGUUUUUUGUUGUUGGUUUUGGCUUGGGGGCCCCAUCCGAUGGUGCUCAGGGCUUACCCCUGGCCUUGCGCCCAGCAAUCAUUCCUGGUGGACUCCUGGGCCUUGCGGAGGGUAGAACCUGUUUGCCUGUGUGGCACCGUCCCUAAAGGGGUCAAGAUGUGGGUCAGGGGUUUUCGAGCGACACCCAGUCGUUGUCGGAGCUUACUCUGCUCAGGGAUCGCUCCUGACAGCCUCAGAGGGCCCCCUGGGGAGCUGGGCAUCAACAUUGAGUUGGCAGGUGCCGGGCACGCGCUGUGCCCUCUCCCCACCGGCGUCCCUGCAGCCCAGGCCUUGGCUCUCAGACACCAGCGCAGGGACUGGACGGUCCCAGUUCAGCCGGGAAACGGUUCAGCCCGUAAUGUGCAUUUUUCCACCGCUAGCCUCUCGCCUGGGCCCCGUGUCCUGUCCUCUUCCCCGGGAAGGACCUCAAAAAAGUUGGGGCUUGAGCAAUAGCACAGCGGGUAGGGCAUUUGCCUUGCACAUGGUCGACCCGGUUCGAUUCCCAGCAUCCCAUGCGGUCCCUUGACUACCACCAGGAGUAAUUCCUGAGUGCAGAGCCAGGAGUAACCCCUGUGCAUCGCUGGGUGAGACACUCCCCCCCAAAAAAAAAGUUGUUUUGGGUGGGGGGAUCUGCCCGCCGCCCGACAGACCACAGAGGCUUGGAGGAGGGGGCUGGUUGGCCAUCCUGGAACCCAGAGCCCAGGGCUUGGAGCUCGUGGAUGUUGGGGUUUGUGGACUCAGCUCCCGGUCUGCUCCGCUCCCUCCUGGCUCUGCGCCCCAGCCUGGGCGCCGCUGCCGUGCAGACACGAGGAGUUCAUCAGAGCGCAGCUGCCGACGGCCCGAGCAGCUCCUCGUCCGCUGGAGCCGUGGUCCCCAAACGCGCCGCGCUCCCCAGCAGCCGGGGCGAGUAUGUGGUGGCCAAGCUGGAUGACCUCAUCAACUGGGCACGCAGGAGCUCGCUGUGGCCCAUGACCUUCGGCCUGGCCUGCUGCGCCGUGGAGAUGAUGCACAUGGCCGCGCCGCGCUAUGACAUGGACCGCUUCGGCGUGGUCUUCCGUGCCAGCCCGCGCCAGUCGGACGUGAUGAUCGUGGCCGGGACGCUGACCAACAAGAUGGCCCCGGCGCUGCGCAAGGUCUACGACCAGAUGCCGGAGCCGCGCUACGUGGUCUCCAUGGGCAGCUGCGCCAACGGCGGCGGCUACUACCACUACUCCUAUUCGGUGGUGCGGGGCUGUGACCGCAUUGUGCCUGUGGACAUCUACGUGCCAGGCUGCCCGCCCACGGCCGAGGCACUGCUGUACGGGAUCCUGCAGCUGCAGAGGAAGAUCAAGCGGGAGAAGAGGCUCAAGAUCUGGUACCGCAGGUAGCGCCCCGCGCCUCCUGCCGCUGUCUCCAAUAAACCUGAGAGCCCAAACCCGA